AUGGCUAUUAUAGAAAUACAAGUGAUAUCAGAUAUAAUCUGCGCUUGGUGCUAUAUCGCGAAGCGUAACCUCGACGCAGCUAUCUCUUUGUACCAAAAGACAUACCCAGGUGGGAAAGAGGACACAUUCUUGAUCACCUGGACUCCAUACUAUCUGGAUUACAAUCCACAUCCAUUCAGCGUUGAAAAGCACACUUUAAUUGAUGUCCGCCUUCCAGACACAACGCCCCAGCAGCGCACCGCGCUGACGGAACGCAUGAACAGACUCGGGCGUGGGGUUGGGAUCCAGUUCAACUGGGGAGGCAAGAUCGGCCCUCAUACGCGGGACGCUCACCGGCUCAUUCACUUAGCACAGAUUCGGUGGGCUGAGAGCAAGCUCGACAAAGACGGGGAGAUGCAGAACACUCUAGUAGAGGGCUUGUUUGAGGCGUAUCACGUUCUAGCUCAGGAUGUGUCGGAGAGGAGUGUUUUGAGGAGCAUUGCUCUGCGGGCGGGGAUUGAUGCAGCACAGGUCGACAGAUGGCUAGACUCUGAUGAAGGAGCAAGUGUAGUAGAUCAACAGGCGAAAGAGAGUAAGGAAAUGACGAAUGCGGGAGUGCCGUUGUUUAUUAUCCAGAAGAAGCAUCGUAUUGACUCGGCGUCGGAUCCUGUGGAUCUUAUGCGAGUCUUUAUUCAGGUCAGGAAGAUGCAAUCGUCUUGA